AUGCCCUGGUUGUUGCAUUGGCUGCUGGUGCGCUUGCUGUUGCUGUGCUGCAGCUGCAGCCUGAUUCCGAGCCCUUCUUCCACCCCACUUGCGCGCCCCCACAUAUGCCGCGAGUACCCCAAGAACGGCAACUAUGAUAGGAACUCCGAUAUCCUUCAUAUUGAGGGUUGGGUUAGUGAAGGAGAAGGAGAGGAUGAUGUUCGUGACGACGUUGUGGACGAUGACGAUCCUGAACUUGAAGAAGAACUCGACGAAGAACUUGAGGUGGAAAAACUUGUAGAAGACUUGGUCGAUGACGUAGUCGAGGAUGGCGAAUUAGUAGAUGAUGGAGGAGGCGAGUUGGUGGGACUUUGUAUGACAGACAGAGUAGAAGCGUUGACCCAAUCGAGUGGAUUGGUACGCGCACACCCAUUACAUGCGGUUAAAGAUCUGGGAGGAGACGUGUGUACAAAUGUCAAAAAUAGUUCCAACUGGCAGGCAAGCACAGCAUUCUUUGUCUUCGUCCAACAUGCACAGCGUGUCACCGUUCACAAUUGA